UUAAGUAUUGGUGAUUUGCCAGAAACACAUCAAGAUCAACUGGGGACGUGGGGGAGGCUUAGUGAGGGACGAGACAUUCCGCGGAAUUGGGAUCGGCGGAGAUGGCGGAGUUCGAACCCGAGGAGAAGAAGAAACGUAGGCCGGUUCGAGAGGACUCCUCUUACAUAGAUCGAAAGGGCAAACUCCUGGCGGUCAUUGGGGAUGAGGACACGUGUGUGGGAUUUUUGCUCGGUGGAGUUGGAGAAAUUAAUAAAAAUCGCCAGCCCAAUUUCAUGGUCGUGGACAAAAACACAGCAGUCGGUGAGAUUGAAGAAACCUUCAAACGCUUCGUCAAACGUGACGACAUCGACAUCAUCCUCAUCAAUCAGAACGUUGCAGAGAUGAUUCGUCAUGUGAUCGAUAGCCACACAGCACCAGUCCCCUCAGUCCUUGAAAUUCCGAGCAAAGAUCAUCCCUACGAUGCCAGCAAGGAUUCAAUCCUUCGUCGGGCUAAGGGCAUGUUCAAUCCCGAAGAUAUUCACUGAUUCAGAUCACCAAACACACAAAAUUAUUCUCCAUUAAUUAUGAAUAAUCCACUUUCUCGAUUGGAUUUAUAUCGUAAAUGUCUUCGUCGUGUUGAUUUUCAAAUUCAAUUGAUCCAACAAAAUUAUCCAACAUUCCGAGUGCUGCAAUAAUUGAAUCAAUGAUAAAAUAAAAAGAGUUUGUUAAGUAAACCAAAAUAUCUUUGUUCAUGCGACACAUGUAAAAAUUGUAUUAGCCGAAUUGUGUAAAUAAUUUACUGAACAAAUAAAAGUAUGGCUCCAAAUUGUUUAGUUAACAAGAUAAUGGGCUUGUUAACGUUUAACCCAUCUCCGUGCGUUAUAUUGUAUGAAAAUAAUAAAUAGAGUAAAGUAAAAAUU